UUCUUUUUGUUUUGUUUACAUCCAUUCGAUUCAUCAAAAAUGUCGUAUUUAGCGAAUUUUACGCCUGAAACAGCAAAAAAUUGCCUCUUGGAUAUCCUUAAAACAGCAACACAACCCGAAAAUGCGAAAAAGUUAUCUGAAGCAAAAGCUCUUGCCGCUCGUGACAUGGUAAAAAUGAUGCAAUUCGUGUUUCCUCUCGUCAUGGAACUCGAAAUGGGAGUUAUUAAAAAUUACGGAUUUCCUCCAAAUCGUGAAGGACUUGUGCAAUUUACUCAAAUCAUCAGAGAGGUUGAAAAAGAAGACUCGGAAAUAAAUCAUCUCAGGACACAAAUUCGAUCGAUUUACAUGCCUCCAAUUAAUUUAUCAGCAAGCAAUGACAUUCUCAUAUAAGAAGUUUUUGUAAAAAAAUGUUGAAUUAAGCCAAAACAAAAGACUAAUUUUUAUCAUAAAUCUUUAUUUUUAAAAUCAAACAAAAUAUUAUCUUGCUCUCUAUCAUUUAUAGAUUAGAAAGGAAAUGUCUCUGAAGAUUGUUUCUCAUAGUAUUAUUUUAUUAGCAUGGUUUCUAUGAAUAAUGAUGAACAAAUUAAACAAAAUAAAAAUAAAU